AUGGGCGAUCAUGUACCAUGGGUGUUGAUCCUCCUGGCUGUAGUGACUGUUGGUGGGACACGCUCUGACGGGGAACAGAAGAAGCUGUUUUCCUUGGAAGGGAAGGUCGAACUAUUGUCUGCGAAUGACUCUUCCUGGAUAUCGAAGACACGAGUUCUAGUGAACGGCGGCAAAUACCAAGGGUUUAUAAGAACAGAUGGGAAAUUCACGGUCAAUGGGUUGCCCAAUGGAAUAUAUGUAGUUGAAGUGACGCACUCCCUGUACGAGUUCUGCUCGGCCCGUGUCUACAUCUAUCGCGAUGGAAGAAAGCGGGCAAGUAAGGUGGACUAUGUUCAACCCAACCAUAUCCGUCAGAUUGAGUACCCACUGGUGUUCCGAAUGGUUAACAAGUCGCGCUUCUUCCAGGAGAGGAGUUCGCUGAAACUGGACGACAUUAUAAACAACCCGAUGGUGGUGACCGUGUUGCUGCCGUUGAUGAUUUUGCUGUUGUUCCCAAAGAUUCUAAGCCAGUCACUAUUCGAUCCGAAAGUCCAAGAGCAAUUCCGCCAACAACUGAGUACUAUGACUGGGGGACGAGGAGGUAUGAUCGGCAUGGGAUUGGAGGAGGGUCAGGAGGAUGAGGUAGAAGAAGAGGAACUGGGGGCAACUAAGGAAAACAGCGAGGCUAAGAAAAAGAAAACAAAAAAGAAACAAACCAAGAAAAACGAGUUAAAUGUUCCACCGUUCUUCAGUUUCGACCUUGCUGAGUGGUUGGCUGAUUAUUUUUACGAAGAAAAACCUACGAAACUUGCCGAUAACCGAUCACAACCGAAGAAAGCCGGACAUCAUCAUCACAGCAGCAGGAGACAUCUGACAAGAAAAUGCUGA